UGAUCUUCUGGUCGAGGGCUCGCUCGCUCGCUCGCUCCCAAUGCCGCUGACGAAAUGCUCGAUAAGCUGCGGGCUGUGACUGCAUCGGGGAUGCGGUCGGGCGGGGCGGAUGCGAGCUGAGGGGCGGGGCGAGGAGGAGGAGGAGGAGGAGGAGCGAGCAACUGUAUGGAGGAGCGCCAGGAGGACGACUGUCGCCGGGCAAUGUUGGCUGCUGGUGCUGGUGCUGUAGAAGGAGUCGCGAGGGGCGCUCUUGACAUGGACCGCGGGCACGAUUCUGGUUUAGCUGGGUGUGCAAAUCUGCGUCCCGAGGUCGCCAGGGAAUAGGAAUGAUGGAUUGAGCGAGCGCUGAGGUGCGGUGCGGUGCGGUGCGGGCCGCAAGGCGCUAUUGCGGAUAGGAUGGUGCUGUGAAGUGUGCGUGUGUCUUAUUAUGUCGCCGAGCUUCGAUUGAGCGUGCUAGUUGUAUGAAUCUUGCGAGUGAGGCCGGGCGCUUGGAGACAUGGUUAGGGCAGGGAACGAGGACGACGACGCUGAUAGUUGGUUUGCUAGCUAGCUGGUCUGGUCUAAUGUGAAGAGGCAUUCUGCGCGCGACGACGACGCGACCACUCGAGGCAUAGUAAUGCUCUGGAAAAAGAGAGAAAAAUUCAAAAAAUGGUAGCGGAUUGGCUGCUCCGUGUUAGCGUGUAAAUGAUGGCGAAUCGGAGGAGCUCACUUGCGAGGAAAGGAGACACAACGCCACUGGGUUGGACGGAUCGGUAGCAGCUCGGAGGUGUGCAGCACCAUGCAGAUUGGGCAACUGCACUCGAGAUUAGUGUUCUCCUUUAGACUCCGCGAUUCGUCUAGGCAGUCUAGGCUUACGGGCAUCACACCGAGCAACGUGUUUUAUCUGCUGCUCAUUGUACUGCUGUUCAGCCCCUGUGCAGCUCUCACUACUUAUCAGCAAACCACAGUGGACGCUCUUUUGGCCUUCAAAAACGGAGUGAAGAAUCCUCCUGUCCUUAGUAGCUGGAUUAUCGGAGAUCCUUGUAAAGGAAAGUGGAAGGGUGUCGAGUGUUCGACCAUUGGCAAAACUCGUGUCAUAACCUCUCUCAAGUUGUCUAAUUUCGGUCUCGAUGGAACGAUAACCCCUCGUCUGGGGGACUUGAUAACCUUGACCACGUUGUGGCUGGACUCAAAUUCUUUAAGAGGACCCAUUCCCUCUGACUUGGGCAAGUUGGAGAAUUUAACUUCGCUGCGCCUAGCUAACAAUUCUUUGAAUGGAAGCAUUCCCCCCAGCCUUACUUCGCUAUCUAACCUUAGGGAACUAUAUUUGUCCAACAAUGACCUUAGUGGAACUGUGCCUUUCAAUGCGUCAACUGCCGGAGUCAUCAACAUUGUGGUUGAUGGCAACAACGAACUGUGUACACUAACUCCGGGUUUCGACCUUCCUGUAUGCGGUCCAAGCCUGGCGCCUGCUUUAAUCUUUGGGCCUGUCGCGUCCAUACCGAAAUCUUCAAAGAGAGGUGUCCAUGUAGCGGCCAUCGCCGGAGGUGUCGCUGGUGCUUUGGCUUUGGUGAUUGCAACCAUUGUUUUGGUCUCUUGCUGUCUUUUGCGUGCCAAGAGCUGGCCCAGUGCGACCUCUGACACCGGUUCAUCAGACCCGUCGGCCCAAGUGGAUUGGGCAAAGGGUCCGGAGGGACCAAUUGCGAGGAGUGUAGCGCCUGAGUCGGAUACGUCGAAAGCCAGAUAUUUUAGUCUCGAGGAGCUAGAGCAUGCCACCAAAAAAUUCAGUGCGAACAACAAAAUCGGCCGCGGAGGAUUUGGCGAGGUUUAUAAGGGCCUGCUUGAGGAUGGCACAAUCGUCGCAGUCAAAGGACGGCAAGGAGCAGCCACUCAAGAUUUUCAAGCAGCGGUCGAGUUUUUGUCACGGAUGCGGCACAAACACCUCGUGAAUGUCCUUGGAUUCUGUCAGGAGAAUGAUCAACAAAUAGUGGUAUAUGACUAUCUUCCGAACGGGAGCGUCUGCGGUCAUCUUUAUGAUGAUAACGGAGCACCUGUCGGUAAGCUUGACUUUAGACAGAGGCUGGCAAUAGCGCUGGGAGCCGCUAAAGGUUUAGAGUAUCUGCAUACAACGACGCCUAAGUUGAUACACCGGGAUUUCAAGACCAGCAAUGUCCUGCUGGAUGCCUAUCUAGUUGCCAAGGUCACAGACUUCGGACUCUCUCUCCUUCUGGCAGAGGGACCGCAUCCGCAAGAGGGCCCCGUUUUGUCAUCUUUGAAUGGUGAUGGGACAGCAGGAUUUCUAGAUCCAGAAUACUAUACUACUCAAAGGUUAACAGAGAAGAGCGACGUGUACAGUUUUGGAGUGUUUCUGUUGGAGCUUGUUAGUGGACGGGAGGCUAUCUCGCAAGAUCGGCCACGAUCUGAGUGGAGCUUAGUAGAGUGGGGACGCAGUCUUCUCCAGGCAGGAGACUUGGGUGCACUGGUGGACCGCACAUUGGGCUCAAGUUUUAUGGAGGUAGCCAUGAGAAAAAUGGUCGAGGUGGGCUUUCACUGCGUGGAAGAAACCGGAGAUAGAAGACCGUCCAUGGCUGAAGUAGUCAAAGAGCUUGAAGAGGCUCUGGAAAAGGAAAGGGGUCUUACUUCCGGGGGUGGUGAAGGAGCAACCACCGUGACCCUCGGCAGCGAGCUUUUCACCUAACACACCGUGGUUACAGUAGGCAUUGUAGAGGUAGCUUGUUAGGGAGAGGAGGUUAAGAGCCUCCAAUUUUUUGGACCUAAGAGCAUAUUCCUUGGGUUCUUCCACAACCUCUCUGCACCCACCCACAUUCUUUGAUUGGUUUGGUCGGACAUUUGUAGCAUACAUAGAGUUCUCCAUUUGAAACGGAGAAAUUAGGAGUCUUGGCCUCAGUAGAGAAUUACUUGCGUCUUUGAAGUGUGAAGAGAAAGCCAUCCUGGAAUAGUGAGAGAAAGUGCCACACUAAGUGCAUAGAUCGAAAGGAAAAACGUGUCACUCACCGACAUUGAGAAGAAAUCUAUUGUUUCCUUAUCAAAGCAAAUCCCUAUUACUAUAAAAGCUGGGUCCGCAUAAUUGGAUACCAGUAUGAAAGAACUGUGAUCAUCCAAGAAUCUACUUUCUUUCAUCUCUGUGCGACGCGCUGAUAUGCUGUAUCACAGGCCACGACAUAGUAAGCUGUGGUUCAAGUUUCUGAUCAACGACACCCGGAGAACCCGAUGUGUACUUGAGAGGCCUGCUGGAGAGUCCCCGGGUCCCACAGGCCCGAAGAAUGUUAGGCUGCUCCCUGAGGCCUUGUGCAGCUGGCCCUCUGACAGGACAAAGCAGGGCAAUAAGUCGGUAACGACUCCGCAGCGGAACCUGAAGCCAUGAACUCAGCUAUUAACCAUUCUGUGUUGCGUCAAUGCAGGCAUGUCUGAUGUCAAGAACCUUGAUGCGGUCUACACGCAUGGACCUUCACCUCGCCAGCACACACGACCCUGUUGCAGCACGCAGCCAGCCAGCCAGACAGCCAGCCAGAGCCCAGUCCUGUGCUCGCCCUUCAAUGGAGGUACCGGCCCCCUCAGCUCCUCAC